GUGUCUUUCCUCAACAAUUACUACAUUUGUUUUCAUUUGUUCUGGCGGGAUUGGAAGAGUAUUGGGACACUAAAUAUCUUUGGGUGGUUUGAAACAAAAGUUCAAAUUUGUGAACAAAAGGGACUUGUUGAGGGUAAAAGUAGUCCCGGCGGGACAGGGUUGUGACCCCUGACGUCGGCGGCCAGGCGCGCGGUUCAGUUUGGCCGUUCCAGACUGUCACUCAGAUUGGGGCGGCAUGUGGGAGCGAGUGAACCGAGCGGCUGAGGAGUUUUACUCGCGUCUCCUGCAGGAAUUUAAUGAAGAAAAGAAAGGAAUCUAUAAAGACCCAUUUAUCUAUGAGGCUGAUGUCCAGGUGCAGUUGAUCAGGAAAGGUCAACCAAACCCUUUGAAAAAUAUUCUAAAUGAAAAUGACAUAGUAUUCAUUGUGGAAAAAGUGCCUUUAGAAAAGGAAGAAACAAGUCAUGUUGAAGAACUUCAAUCUGAAGAAACUGCUAUUUCUGAUUUCUCUACUGGUGAAAAUAUUGGACCACUUGCUUUACCAGUUGGGAGAGCAAGGCAGUUAAUUGGACUUUACACCAUGGCACACAAUCCUAAUAUGACCCAUUUGAAGGUUAAUCUGCCAGUUACUGCCCUUCCUGCCCUUUGGGUAAGAUGUGAUAGUUUAGAUCCUGAAAAUACCUGUUGGCUAGGAGCUGAACUUACCACAACAAAUGACAGCAUUACAGGAAUUGUCUUAUACGUGGUCAGUUGUAAAGCUGAUAAAAAUUAUUCUGUAAAUCUUGAAAAUCUAAAAAAUUCACACAAGAGAAGACAUCACUUGUCUACUGUAACAUCCAGGGGCUUUGCCCAAUAUGAGCUCUUUAAGUCCACUGCCUUGGACGAUACAGUUGCCACAUCACAAACUAUGAUCACUUUGGAUGUUUCCUGGAGUCCUGUGGAUGAGAUUCUUCAAAUCCCUCCACUCUCUUCAACUGCAACUCUGAAUAUUAAAGUGGAAUCAGGAGAUCCCAGAGGUCCUUUGAAUCAUCUCCACAGAGAACUGAAAUUUCUCCUUGUUUUGGCUGAUGGUUUGAGGACUGGUGUAACUGAAUGGCUUGAGCCUCUGGAAGCAAAAUCUGCUGUUGAACUUGUGCAGGAAUUUCUGAAUGACUUAAAUAAGCUGGAUGGAUUUGGUGAUUCUACAAAAAAAGACACAGAGACAGUGAAGCAUGAUGCUGCUGCAGUUGAUCGUUCCGUCAAGCGUCUUUUCAAAGUACGGAGUGAUCUCGAUUUUGCUGAGCAACUGUGGUGCAAAAUGAGCAGUAGUGUGAUUUCAUAUCAAGACUUGGUGAAGUGUUUCACUUUGAUCAUCCAGAGUCUACAACGUGGUGAUAUACAGCCCUGGCUUCAUAGUGGGAGUAACAGUUUACUAAGUAAGCUCAUUCUUCAGUCUUAUCGUGGAACUAUGGACACAGUUUCUCUCAGUGGAACUAUUCCAGUUCAAAUGCUUUUGGAAAUUGGUUUGGACAAACUAAAGAAAGAUUAUAUCAGUUUUUUCAUAGGUCAGGAACUUGCAUCUUUGAAUCAUUUGGAAUACUUCAUUUCUCCAUCAGUAGAUAUACAAGAACAGGUUUAUCGUGUUCAAAAACUGUACCAUAUUCUAGAAAUAAUAGUCAGUUGCAUGCCUUUCAUUAAAUCUCAACAUGAACUCCUCUUUUCUUUAACACAAAUCUGCAUAAAAUAUUAUAAACAAAAUGCUCUUGAUGAACAACACAUUUUUCAGCUACCAGUCAGACCAACUGCUAUAAAAAACUUAUAUCAAAGUGAGAAGCCACAGAAAUGGAGAGUGGAAAUAAAUAGUGGUCAAAAGAAGGUUAAGACAGUUUGGCAGCUGAGUGAUAGCUCACCUGUAGACCAUCUGAAUUUUCACAAACCCGAUUUUUCCGAAUUAACACUAAACGGUAGCCUGGAAGAAAGGAUGUUCUUUACUAACAUGGUUACAUGCAGCCAGGUGCAUUUCAAGUGAAGUAUGCUGAUGGGGUCCUCUAUAAGCACAAGCCAAAAAGAAUGAGAGAAAGAAAAAAGUUAAUUAUUGUAGAGCCUGAAAACAGAAAUAUAUGUAAACCUUCAAAGCAGAAAAGAGAGGAAGAUCCUGAAGAUUCUCUAUGAAAGAUGAAGCUCCAAAAUUGAUGAUCCUGUCUCAGCUCUGCCUCCUCAGGAGGAGCGUUAGGAGAACAGCAGCAAUAAGUACACAGAGUGUGCAGACCGUAGGUACCACAAUCUCUGUAACCAUCUGCAUGUGACUUAGUAACGGCUCUGGAAUGGUAAAGAGAACAGCCACCACGAAUGAGAAUAUGAUCAUUUUAGCAAAUAUAGCUUCAUCCUAAAAUUUUCAACUGUAUUGGAAUAACUUGAAAAAUGGCAUCUAAUUUUCUAAUUAUUCUCAUUUGCCAUAAAAUAGAACCUGGUGAAUUAAAUGUUAUUUAAAAAUUAUGUGAGAGCUUUGUAAAAUAUUUCAGAAAAUAUGGGCUAAAGAAUGCCUAAAUUUGGUCUUUCUGCAGGUACUGUAAUAGUCUAAGUGUCUCUCAGUACUUAUACUUACCAUGAGUUAAUCUUAGAAUAUUAAUAGCCAUAUUCCAUGGUUCUUAUAAUUUUUAUUGGGGGUAUUUGUGAAGGAAAAAUCGUUGGAAAACAUUUCCAACCUUUUAAAAAUGUUAUUGUCUAUCUUAGGAGGUAUAGGAAUUUCUGUAUUGAAAUUUUUUAUGUUAAUUCUUGCAUAGUUAAUAAUCUUUAAGAGUUAGAUGAUAAGCAUAUUUCAUGUGCAUUAAUAUAGUAGUGGCCAUUUAUGUAAUACCCACUUUUAGGUUGUAUGCUGCACACUCUGGUCCUAAAUUAAAUAAGGCACAGGACGUGCUCUCAUGGAGUUCAUAGGCUCAUCAGUAAAUUCUCUAUCACAUCUGUACAUUCAAUUUAUUUUAGUUUAAUAGAAUAUAUAUCCUUAAAAUUGCCUAGUUAUUAAUAUUUAGAUUUUGGAGUGGGGGUUGC